AUGGCAGUGACUCCAAUGAAAUUCUUAGGCGGUGUGUCUGUGGCGGCACUUCCCGUCAUGACCAUAGCAUACUUCGCCAGACCAACCUUUUCCAAUGCCAUCAAGUCGAAGCUUGACCAGGAAAGAGUGGAGCUCAAGAAGCAGCACGAGUAUAAGACCGACUUCUACCAACCAAACGAGAAACAGGACAGGCUUCUGGUGAACUAUCUGAAACGCACAGAUAAGAAAGCCAGUGAGUACACGCCUGACCUCCCACACGUCUGA